AUGACAAGUUUAUUUCAUCCAAAAUUAUUUCUUGAUACAGAUUUAACUUAUUGUCAUCUACGAGAUUCAACAAAUAGUAGUUUUAUUUCAUCUUGGCGCGAUCAUCACCACCCACAUCCACAUGAUUUAGUUGUACAUCAUGAUUACACACCGUUUCGAUUUUCUGAUCCACACCAUCACUAUCAUCAUCAUCAUUAUGAUCCAACAUCAUCUUAUUAUACCGACACACCUAUGGAUUCCUAUGGAUCACCAAGUGCUGCUGCUGCUGCUGCCGCUGCUGCAUCUAUGUAUUCUCCAUAUAUGGUACAUCAUCAUUCGCCACCACCAACAAAUUCUAAUUCACCUUCAAUUAAACCUGAAACAGCUGUUACGGCUGCUGCAUUACAAUCUGCAUUAAGUUUAUCAGCACCAAUGAAUGUUAAUGUUUCAAUGAAUUUUAAUGCUCAUAAUAUUCAAUAUACAAAUGGUUAUAAUAUUCCAACAGCAUCAUCAUCAACAGGGACAACAACAAAUUUACCUUAUGAACCAUUUUAUAGUUCAAAUCGUCAUCAAACAACAUCACCGUAUUAUCAUCAUCAUAAUUCAAUUCCAUCAAAAAUUAAAAAUCGUUCGGAUCCGACAACAAUGAAACAAGCAAUGCUUCUAUCAGCGACUGGAAAUUAUGAUUAUAAAGGUUUAUCAAAAUUAUGUGAUUUUUUUCCAACACCAUCAUCAUCAUCAUCAACAACAUCAAAUGAAAAGCGAAAUUCUUGGUUACAAACUCCAUCAACAUCUAAAACAUCACCUAAUAAAACUAAUGAAGGACGUAUAAAUCGUUGUCGUAUAUGUGGAAAAGUCUAUGCUCGACCAAGUACACUUAAAACUCAUUUACGUACACAUUCUGGUGAAAAACCAUAUAAAUGUGAUAAAUGUUGUAAAGCAUUUACACAAGCAGCAAAUUUAACAGCACAUUUACGUACACAUUCAGGUGAAAAACCUUUUUCAUGUGAUAUUUGUGCAAGAAAAUUUUCUCAAAGUUCAUCAGUAACAACACAUAUGAGAACACAUUCAGGUGAACGACCAUAUCAAUGUAAAUAUUGUCGAAAAGCUUUUUCGGAUAGUUCAACAUUAACAAAACAUAUGCGAGUACAUAGUGGAGAAAAACCUUAUGAAUGUUCAUUAUGUCGUCUUCGUUUUUCACAAUCAGGAAAUUUAAAUCGACAUAUGAGAAUACAUAUGAAUACUGGUAAUGGACAUCAUUCGAAAUAG